CGAAACCGACCUGUAAGGUUGCCUGCCAUGCCAAUGUGCAUGGAGGUUAUUGUUUUGAUAUAACUGGGAUACUGACGAAAAGCAUAAAUUGGAAAGAAAUAUUUGCCUUAUUUCUGAUUAGUAUAAAGUUAACAGAAGUGAAAUGGUUUUAACAGCAGAUGUACAACUACCCACUGAGGAGGAACUAACUGUACAAGAAGUUAACUUAGGAUCACCAGCUUUACGAGCUGGUGCCUUCCAUUUAGGAAAAUAUUGUGAACAGGCAAAUAAUGAAUUUAUGCUAUGUCGUACUGAAUGGAAAGAUCCCCGGAAAUGCCUGGAAGAAGGAAAAGCUGUAACGAACUGCUCGCUUGAGUUUUUUAGAAAAGUGAAAAAGUCGUGUCAGCAGGAGUUUGAGCAAUACACAAACUGUAUUGAUAAGUCUAGCAGCCUUUUGGAGUACAAGUACUGUCGCAAGACACAGGGUGCUUUUGAUAAAUGUAUGCUGGAUAAUCUGAACCUGGAACGCCCUCCAUUUGGUUACUUCUGUGAAGCAAAAGUAAUAGAUACAAAACGACCAAAACCAGAGGAAGAAAAACCUGCAAUCUAUCCAGAUGCUACUCCAUAUUUACCAGAAGAUUACCCACGGCCACCAGCCAGAUAUGGUUCACGCUUCCACUGGUUCAACUAGAUAACUGCAGAUAUGUUUUGUUCCUUGUGGAGUUGGCAACUUUUGUAGUAGGCCUAUCUCAAAUAAUACCGCUGAGUAGGUCAUAUUUCUGUAUCAAUUUUGAGAUCAGAAUUAAACUAGACAAAUGCAUUAUUUAAUUUGAUGAACAUGGUUCUCAUUAAUAUUCACAAUCUGAUAUUUGAGGGAAAUUUUGAGGUUCCACCAAUGUAACAAGUAAAAAAUCUGGCUUUCCCCUCUUCUAUUCACCUGUUUUGUUCAACAGUUUUAUGACCUAUGUGACAUCUUGAGAGAGGUACAAUUGUCAUAGCAACUAAUUUAUAAAUUGCUCACCACAGUGCAUUAAGGAACAAAUGUAGUAUCAGGUUCAAAGUGUUAGAAGAGAUUAUGUAUUAUAUUUGUUACUGUUAAAUAAAAAAUACGCCAAUGGUGAUUUCAAAAUAA